AAAUUAAAUUUAUAUUAUUGUUGUUAUCGCGUGAAACAUCAAAAAAGAAGUUGAAAAAUAUUACGUCAGAAAAAGAGAUUCAUUCCGUUGAAUUUCAUUGUUUCCAACUAAAAAAAUCUUUCGAAAUAUAAAAAUAACUUCGAUGAAGUCGAAAGUUUAAACACGCGAAGUGGAACAGUUUUGCGAGAAAUAUUUAACUCGAUUAAAACUUAGAUUUUCCAACUUUUUUUUUUUAGAGAAAAACCAACAAUGAUCGUAAUUACGUUAGCAAUUGUGACAAAUUCGCGGAGUGGCAUAGAGAAACAUCAAUUAAGUACAUGUUUGCGCGUAAAUAGCGGAAGAGGCCGUUUAUUGGUCACGUAAGUGAAACGAAACGUUACGAAGGAAAUAUUUUUCAACGGCCAAUCGUAGAAACGCGAACGCGUUCGUUCCUUUUGCGUUCGUCCAUCUAUUCUCUUCCUUCCUAUUCCUUAUUCGGAAUACGGGAACGAUGAUGGACUCUGAGAAAAAAUGCGAUCGGACGGUAAUCGGAAUCGAUCAGAACGUGUGUUCGAUGAAAGGUUCGAAGGAGGAGACGUCGAAUUUUCAAAAGUCGAAAUCGCAAGCGGCGGUCGAGGCAGACUCAACGGCGGCAGCCUCGUCGAGCAGAGGGAGCGGUUGUUUCUCGAGGCGCGACAAGGUGACCGAUAUCCUCGAUAAACAAUCGUCCACCGAUUCCGCGAAAACGUUGAAAUCCUCGAGGCUGGGGAACGAGGAUAGUCACGAGAAUAGAUGGAAGAAAUUUUGGGACCAUCAUAGAAACAAAUUUCGACAGAGAUGCGAGAAGGAUCUCGGGACGAGGAAUCGUUCGCUCGAGGAGAUGACGACCGAGGUGGACGCGGUGUUUCGAAAAGCGAUUCGAAACAUACGUUUCGACCGAUCUUCGGACGAAAGCUGUGCAGAGAAGGAUAACAAGAGUGGGAGAGGGAACGUGUCUCAAAGUACGGAGAAAUCGUAUUUACAGCAACGAUCGAGAUUGGCUCGUUCGAAGGAGGAAGGUUCUGCGAACAAAAUCGAAGAGCAAAUCGAUGAUGGUUCGCCUCUUAAAAACAGGGAAGGGAGAGAGGAGGAGAAUACGUCGACUAAUUUUCCCCUCCUGGGGAUUAAUAGAGAGGAGAGGGAGUGGAGUGGAAACACGAAGGCAAAAAAUCCUUCGAUCAGGAAAUGGAGCUCGUUGGAGAAUUUAUCCAUUAACGCGAGAGGGAAUUCUUCUUGCGAUCGGAACAUAGAGGGCCUAUCGAUCGAAAGAGUAAUCGGAUGCAAGGAGAAGAGAAGAAUAGUGUCUUUGAGGUCUUCGUUGGAAAGGAAAAUGGGAUCCGUGGAGAGGAUGUUGGAGGAUCAGAUAGAGAAGAUAUGGGACGAGAAAGUGGAGAAACAUCCGUGGUUGUUGCCUAUCGACAAUUGGAUCGUUGAUCGUUGCAGAUCUUCCCGAAGGUGUUCUUCGGCCGUUCAGAACAGGAGAAACGAUAAUUUGCACACGGAGGAGGAAGGGAAUACGGUGGAGAAAGAACGAGUUGGGGAGAGUUUCGAUUCUAAAUUUAUCGCUUCGGGGACGGGAGACGGAGAGGGAAGGGUGGAGAUGAAAUUGAUUGAAUAUUCGAAGAAGCCGGAAAGAUCGAGGUUCGAAAGUACGAACUUGAAUUCGAGAUUGAGGAGGGAGGGAGGAGAAGCUUUGGAGGUGAAAGAUGUAAAACACUAUGACCUGUUGGAUAAACUGAGGGACAAUGUUAAAGAGAAAAUGGAGGAUAUUCACAGGUAUUUCCAAAGGACCAAUCGAUUGGCAGAUGUAAAUAGACGAUUAAAGUCGCAAAUAUGGAGCUCCGUGGUGACGAUCGUUCUCGUUGAGGCGAAGAAUUUGCUACCUAUGGAUAUAGAGGGCCUCUCGGAUCCCUACGUGAAAUUUCGUCUUGGGACAGAAAAGUACAAGUCAAAAGUGGUGCACAAGACCUUGAAUCCCGUUUGGUUGGAGCAAUUCGAUCUUCACCUAUACGAAGAUCCCUAUUUAGGGCAGGAGUUGGAGGUGACGGUGUGGGAUCGCGAUAAAAGCCAUCAGGACGACUUGAUGGGGAAGACGGUGAUAGAUUUGGCAACGUUGGAACGCGAGACGACCCACAGGCUAUGGCGCGAUCUCGAGGACGGUUCUGGAAACAUUUUUCUGCUGUUGACCAUCAGUGGAACCACCGCCAGUGAAACGAUCAGCGAUCUAGCUGCCCACGAGGAGACACCUCGCGAACGCGAACAAUUGUACCAAAGAUAUUCGAUGAGAAACACGUUGCAGAGGUUGCGAGAUGUUGGCCAUUUAACUGUGAAGGUAUUCAGAGCGCAAGGUCUCGCGGCGGCCGAUUUGGGCGGGAAGAGCGAUCCUUUCUGCGUGUUGGAGUUGGUAAACGCUAGAUUGCAGACACAGACGGAGUACAAAACGCUGGCUCCAAACUGGCAAAAAAUAUUUACUUUCAACGUGAAAGAUAUUAAUUCGGUGCUGGAGGUGACGGUGUACGACGAGGACAGGGACCACAAGGUGGAGUUUCUCGGAAAAGUUGCCAUACCUCUUUUGAAGAUAAGAAACGGCGAAAAACGAUGGUACGCGUUGAAGGACAAGAAAUUGAGAGGUCGAGCAAAAGGGAAUUCCCCCCAAAUUCUGUUGGAAAUGACCGUGGUGUGGAACGUUGUGAGAGCCUGCGUACGAACGUUGAAUCCCAAAGAGAAGAAAUACAUGGAGCCGGAGAUAAAGUUCAAGAGACAGGUGUUCCUUCGUAACGUUCUCAGGUUGAAGGCAAUCAUCGUUAUCGUUAUCGACAUUGGAAAAUACGUGCAGAGCUGCUGGGAAUGGGAAAGUAAAAUGAGAAGCAUCUUUGCACUGGUUAUCUUUGUUUUGGGCUGUUACUAUUUUGAGCCUUACAUGUUCCCUGGAGUAGCACUCCUUAUCUUGUUAAAAUACUAUCUGCAUUUAUCAUGUAAAUCAAACUUGCCUGAUUUUUACCUGCAUUGCUGCAUGUCCACACCCUUUACUGCCUGCCAGCUUUACGGGGAUGGAAAUGGAUUGAAACAAUGGAUUUGCGGACAGGUCGCGAUGAUAACCGGUACGCCCUUGACCCACCACACCGCCCACUCCCACUUUCACGACGAGAUCGACGAAGGCCCGGCUACACCCGGGGACGACGACGACGACGACGACGACAAGGAUAAAGAAGAGAAGAAAAGUCUGAAGGAGCGGUUGCAAGCGAUCCAAGAGGUGACCCAGACGGUGCAGAACUCGAUCGGUUACAUAGCGAGCCUCUGCGAAAGGGUGAAGAAUCUUUUCAACUUCACCGUCCCUUAUCUCAGUUACCUGGCCAUGAUACUGGCGAUCCUGGCCGCCGUUGUCCUCUACUUCAUCCCCCUUCGAUACCUGAUCCUCACGUGGGGCGUGAACAAAUUCUCGAGGAAGAUCGUCAGGCCUCACUCGGUUCCCAACAACGAGCUCCUCGACCUCAUAUCCAGGGUGCCGGACGACGAGGAACUUCUCAAUUACAGGGAGUUGAAACCGUUGCCGACCGCCGACUGCGAGAAAGGAUCCGGAAGUCCAGGCGCGUCGAAUCAAACGCGGAGGGAGCAGAGGAAGAGGCACAAGGCCGCGUAGCAGCAUGCCCCGCGGCCGGAAGUCGCGGGUCUACGAUCACCGAGCAUCCUGAGGACGGUCCUGCUGCGCCGGAACAAGCGCCAGCGAAAGGGAUCAGCGGAGAAUCCGGAUGUGAUCGACAUAGACUGAGAAACGCCAAUCGUUUCUACAUUCACCGUAGUCGUUUUAGCUAGAAGGGGACUAAAUUUAUAUUAGGUCGAAAUUCGCGAAUAAAGUUACUUCAGGAAUAAGUUGAUAAUUUGGAUCAAAACGUGGAAUGAUGAAAAAUUUGGAGAAUUGUGUUAAAACGAACGUUCGUUUAAACUUUUAUCAAAGCAACUCGAGGAAUAAGUCGAUAAUCUGAAUUAAAAUAGUCGUGGAAAAAUUUGAAGAAUUAAAAUUAAUUAUUAAAAUGAACGUUCGUUUAAACUUUCAUCAAAGUAACUCGAAAAAUAAGUCGAUAAUCUGGAUCAAAACUGAAUCGUGGAAUGAUGAAAAAUUUGGAGAAUUGUGUUAAAACGAACGUUUGUUUAAACUUUUAUCAAAGUAACUCAAGGAAUAAGUCGAUGAUCUGGAUUAAAAUGAUUGUGGAAAAAUUUGGAGAAUUGUAUUAAAACGUUCGUUCGAGCAUUUAAAUCUUCAUCAAAGUAACUCAAGGAAUAAGUCGAUAAUCUGGAUCAAAACUGAAUCGUGGAAUGAUGAAAAAUUUGGAGAAUUGUGUUAAAACGAAUGUUCGUUUAAACUUUUAUCAAAGUAACUCGAGGAAUAAGUCGAUGAUUUGAAUUAAAACAAUUGUAGAAUAAUUAAAAAUUUGGAAAUCGAGAAUUGUAUUAAAACGAACAUUCGUUCAAGCAUAUAAAUCUUCAUCAAAGUAACUCAAUGAAUAAGUCGAUAAUCUGAAUUAAAACAAUCAUGGAAAAAUUUGGAGAAUUGUAUUAAAACGAACGUUCGUUUAAACUUUCAUCAAAGUAACUCGAGGAAUAAGUCGAUAAUCUGAAUUAAAUUGUGGAAAAAUUUGGAGAAUUGUAUUAAAACAAACGUUCGUUUGAGCGUUGGAACUUUCAUUAAAAUAACUCAAAGAAUAAGUCAAUGAUCUGAAUUAAAACAAUUGUGGAAUAAUGAAAAAUUUGAAGAAUUGUAUUAAAACGAAUGUUCGUUUAAACUUUCAUCAAAGUAAUUCAAAGAAUAAGUCGAUAAUCUAAAUUAAAAUAAUCUUGGAAUGAUGAAAAAUUUGAAGAAUUGUAUUAAAACGAACGUUCGUUUAAACUUUCAUCAAAGUAACUUUAUUCGAAAUUUUCGAACUCUUUGGGUUAAUAACCUUCAUCGUUUCCGAUCUUUAAAUCGGUCCCAGCGUGGUAUGCGCCUCGAUCGUUUCGAAUCGUGCUCGACGAUUGGAAGAUAAAUGUAAACGCGUCAGAGAGGAAGGAGAAAGAGAUGGAAAAUGUAGAGGAAGUUACAAUAGUUACCGAUUUAUUGGGAAAAGGAUUAUUCUCGCGUUUCCAUAGAUAGGAUAGAAUAUUGGUAGAUUAACAAAACGCUUUGGAAAGCAUGUUUAUGGACGAAUUCUCAAGGAGCAUACCAACAAGGGGAAAAAAAAAUUAUACAAUAGAUACAUUUCGGUUUUAUAAAUUGGAACGAGUGCAUCGAUAAAUUUGAUAAAGAAAAAAUAUAUAUAUAUAUAUAUAUAUAUGUAUAUUCUCGUCUAGAAAUAAUCUAGAUAGCUGUUUUUUUUUCUGGAACGUGUAAGAUAAAAGAAAACGACGACGAACGACGUUUGCGUGCUUAUCGUCAGGGGGAUAAUUUAAGGAAAGGUAUAUUUCUUCUUUUUUUUCAAUUUUCUCAAACUAUUCCUUGUUUGAGAAAGUGAUAAACCGAGUAUUCUGAAAGUAUAACCUCUCGUUUGCACGGGUAGGGGGGGAAGAGGGGAAGGUAUCGAAAAUUAGCGCAAAACAUUUGAUAAUCAUUGCAUUAGUCAAAAAAGUCAAGUAGUCGAAGAAGAGAGAUGUAAAGAGAGUUUUAGGAGGAAAAAAAAAAAAGGAAAGUGUAUCAUUACGCGAGAGCAUUUCCUGGCCAACGGGAAUAUUAUCCUCGUCGAUCCGUUUCGUCCAUCGGUGUCGUAGAUAUAGCUGCUACAAAAUCGUUAUCGGUGACAGUGAGGUGUUCGAAGAUUUAAAAAAGAAAGAAAAGUUGAAAGAAAAAAAAAAAAAAAGAGAAAAAAAAAUGUGAAAAAAAAGAGAAAAAGAAACAAAAAAGACAAAUAUAUUAUUCCGCGACGGCCUCGUCGAGAAUCGAGAAAUUUCGCUCGACGAGCUGUCUCUUCCAUUUCACGAACGACGAAAAGAGCCCGUUAAUUUCGAUAUUCUAUAAUAUUCCACGUAUUAUUUAUGUCGUAUUUAUUUUAAUUAUAAAAAAAAAAUUUAUAUAAUAUAUUCAAUAGUUAGUCUAUUUUUAUUUUUUACUUUGCGCUACCUCUUGUUAAAAUCGUUUAAAUGAUUAUAUUUUAUUAACCUGUUCGUCGUUCGCGAAAUCAGAAUAUUAUUUAAUCUUUUUAUCGUUGAGACGUUUUUCCAAGUGUCUCAAAGUUAUUCUCUUUAAAUAGUAUUUAAUAUAUUAACGAAUUCUUUGUUCCAACGCACAUUUUCACGCGUUAGUCCAUCAUCUCCUCGAGCAUGAACGUGGCAACAUGUCGAACGAACGGCGAUCGUAUCUUCAGAUUCGUGAAACUCGACGGGAUUUAAAGUUUGCACGGUCGAGAUAGUUCGGAAUUUGACCAGAAUAACAUCGUUCGUGCUUAGAUCGGAGAACAUAUCAAGUUUAAAGAUUUUAAGAAGAAAGGCAAAAAGAGAUAUUGAAUUUAUAAUGGAAUUACCAGGAUUUAUUUGUACCAGGAAAUCUAGUUAUAUGGUAAUCCGAUGAAGAAACCGUGAAAUAUAUAUUUAUGCGCGCGAAGAUGCCUGAAAGAAACCGGAGAAACACGAUGAAAGGGAGGGAAAUAAACGUUUCUUCGACACCGGUUCUAUUUUAUAACGAUAAUAGAUAUCGUUGCCCUCGUAACAAUAGCUCAUAACCUAGUUUCGCGAUUAGAUAACAUUCCAGAAUUUGUAACUUUCUUCCACAAACGUUUCCUUUUGUUCCCUUUUCUUUUUUUUUUUUUCUUUUUUCUUGUGUUUUUACUCUCGACAAACUACGCUUCUUUCUUUCUUUAUUCACUUACGCCAUUAUUCUACCAUUUCUGGAUAGUCGCGAUAGUUGCAACGUCGCAAAAGCGUUGAUACACGCACUAAGGAUAGCAACGUCGCAAUUACUCGAAUUAUACGAAACGAUGAAAGAUAUUGUAACGAUUGUUUGGAACGCGUUCAAGAACCGUGUAUAAAUAAUUCGUUUGUAUUUUUUAUUCAAAUACCACGUUACACGGCUAAAGUGGAAAAAUAAUCGAGGAUGAAGGAAUAUUUUUCUCGAAUACGAUAUGAUAUUCCCAAUUGAUUUUCACCAUCAUGUUUCUCGAACAUGCUCGAGGAGGGAAGUAAAACGCGUUGAAUCAAUUAUUCCUAACCGCGAUUUUACGGUUCGUGCCAGCCGAGAGACGAGAAAGCUGAAAGAGGAAGGAGAAAUAUCCAUUUUUUUUUUCUCGCUUUUCUAACUCGGAAUUUCAGUGCACCGUCAUCAUCAUAUUUCCCGAAUCAUUCCGCCAUCGAUCCUCUUCUCGCUGUUUCUUCCAUUCGCAUGAAAAAAAAAAAGAAAGAAAAUUAUAUCCCUCCAUGUACUUACAUUUCUUCCACUUAUAUUUGACCCUUUGAAGCGUUACGAGUAUUUUUUUUUAUGCUUAAUUUUUUUUUUCUUCUUAUUAUAUUAUUGUUUUUCUCUCGAACAAUUUUUGUAUCGUGCUUUUACUUUGAUCUAUAUGUGUGUAUAUUUUUAUAUUAAAAGAGACAUUAAAAGGAAAAAAAAAAAGAUAUUACGACAGAUUUAAAGGUGGAUUUAAAUUUGGAUGUAAUUUUUUAUAAUAAAAAGAAAAAAUUCAUAUUUGCAUGUUAUUAUAUUUUAUAACUUAAUUAAAUAAUUAAUAUAUAAAUAUAUAUAUAUCGAGAAAAAUAUUUUGAUUUAAAAUCUCACACCUUUGGAUCGAUCCAAUAAUAUGAACCAAAUUCAAAUUCGCGCUUCAAAGGGUUCAAAUGUAACAAUUCGCGCUCUCUAUUCAUCCGCCAAUUGUGGGCCUAAUUCACGAGAAGGCAAGAACGCAUACAUACUUGUAGAAACACUAAGAGAGGCGUGCGAGAGGCGUGUAUGUGAGAUACGAAAGAGAGAGAGAGAGAGAGAGAGAGAGAGAGAGAGAGAUAGGCGAUUCUUUUUUGUCAUCUAGUCAACGAACUUUCUUAAGCAAGCUUGAGAAACUUGUGAUAACCAUUUCAUUUUCAAUUUCAUUUUUUUUUUUUUUACAUUUAGAGGAAUGCGUAGCGAUUUUUCGUGCGAUUUAAAAUUUACCAAUCGAAUAUUCUUCCCUCCCGAUUAUUAUUCGAUUUUCGAUUUUUGUUAAUUUUAAGUCGCACGGUUGAUAAAUGUCACGGUACGUUUUCUAUCAGUCAUUCCUAGUGACAUUCCCUUCGUGUAAAUUGCAUGGAUACGCAUGGAAUUGUUAAUGAAAUUAAUAAUAAUAAUAAUAAUAAUAAUUGAAUUUAUAUACGAACGUUUUUCCUUGUUUUUCUUUUCUUUUUUUUUUUUUUUAAAAUUUGUAGGUUAAAUAGUGUAUCCAUCCAAUUUUAUCUUUCACUCAAUUAUACAAUCAUAUUGAGCGUAACGUGUUGAAGGGUCGGUUGUGUCGAGAGAGUCGACAAAAUGGCAACCCGAGUGACGAAGCAACCGGUCAACAGAUCCGUUGUAAUGCGAUUAGCUUGUAUUUCGUCGGUACGAAAUUCAAAAUGGUCGACCGCGACCACGAACAGCCGACGCUUCGAUAAACGAAAACACUGUUCGCGUUUUACAACGUCGUCUUUUUCUACUCUUCCAAUUUUGUACUUCCAAUAGGUGUGUAAAAAAAAAAAAAUUGUUUCUUCGAUUUUUAAAACCAUUUUCCAUUUUCCAUUUUCGCUAAUUGAGAUGAAAGAAAAAAAAAAAAAAAGGAAAAAAAAAAUUGCUAUUUCGUAAACUCGUUUAAAUAUUGCUCGCUCGCUCGCUCACUCGUUUCUAUUUCGACUCGUUUCUUUCGGGAAUGCGGGCACGCAAAGGACACACGAGCGAUCACGUACAUUCACACGCGCAUAUCCAUUAUAUUAUCUUCGUGCACGCACUUUCGAGUUUGCAUGCUCCAAUUUCUUCGUGUUAUAUGAAUCUUUAUUAAAGUGUUUUAGCCGUUAAGGGGGAGAGGAGAGACGGGAGAUGAGGGGGGGAGACACAGAGAACAAACACACGUAGAAGGAAAGAAGGAAAGAAAAUGGAGGGAGAGACCAGGAUGAAUUCGAUUUUCACACAUAUAUUUUUCGCGAAUACUAUAUCCUCUCUGGAUGAGUGUUCCUAGAUCUAUUUGUUUAAAAAAA